CCUGCCAGGCUCGCUCGCUGAUUGGCCCGGCGGCCCGCGCAUGCGCGCCCCGCUCUCCUCAGUGAGGCGGCCGUCGAAGGCGUGGACGCCAUUUCUGCCUCCUUGCUCUCGGUUGGCGGGAGAAGGAGGGAGAGAAGAGCGCGACCCCCGGGACCCCCGGACCCCCGACCCAACGGGCACUGAUUGCAGGGAAACACGACGGCUAAUCAAUUAAUUCAUCAAUCCUACCUAUCGAACGCUUCCUGGGCGCAGACCACUCUGGGACUCUUUUCGCCCAGUGUGUGAUCCUGUGUGGGCUUUUGCCCAGGGAGCAGGCAGGGCGCCUGCUCAACAGCUCCGGCAAUGCAGACUUCCCCUCAAGGCCAGGCCGAGGAGUCGCCCGCCAUGGCCAACCUGCGGAAGAGCUUGGAGGACCUCAGCCUCCCCGCCUCCGUUUCCGCCGGUUCCGGCCAGCCCCCCGACGAUCCUCGCCAAAGGAUCGAUCCUGAAAAUUCAGCCCGGAGCACAGACGCAGUCACCUCCACCUCCGCGGCUUGUCCGGGUGGGCUCUCCGGGCCCCGCCCAGAAGUGAAUCCGGGCCGGAGGCUCUGGGUGGACCGGAAAUCAGGCCGCCACUCUGGGACCCCCAUCGCAAGCCUGAGCCACCAGCUCGAACCACGAGCCCAAGCGGAGCAGGGCGCCCGUCUUCAGAAGGAGAAUCGGCCGGCCAGCCGAGGGAGACGGGAGGCGGCGAUGGGCCCCCGACAGGAGCGAGGGAAGCCCCAGCCAGGGCCUGCCAGCCCCGGUGUGGACCCGCGGGCCGGGGCACGCAGGCCGAACCGUUUGUUUCCUCAGCGGGGGGACGUCCCGGGGCCCCAGCCCCUGCCGCCAGGCCGGCCAUCCUUCCCCGCUGCGGGAAAUGGGAAGUCCCCGGGAGCCGGAAGGGGACCCGGCCCGUCCCCCGGCCCUGCCGACCUCGGCCACGGGGGACCCUGCGGGGACCCCGAGAACGGGUUCCUUCCAGCACCCAGAGUGACCACCUCCUUUCGGCUCGCCGGGUAUGACUGGUCCCUAGACUCCGCCCCUCACGACGAGGGUGGCCGACACGAGUGGUUGGGUGGGGUGCCCCUGGGGCCGGCGGCUACGGGUCGGGCCUUCAGGAAGCCAAAGAGAGUGGCCAUGAGCCCCGACUCAUCUCUGGGCAUUUCAACGAUGUCCGGUGGCUCUCCUCCUCACCAGCCCAUCGCCCCUCCCUCGGGUCACCCCCGAGAGCCCCCCUCAAUCCUCUCAUCGGGGCAAGAAGGAAGGCCGCCUCUCCCCACCGGCAAGUCUGACGCUUUGGGGUUUUCUGGCUCCGUGCCCAGGCGUCGUAAGCCACCCAGGCCCCCCAGACUUGUCCGACAGGACCUCUUGGCUUCCAGGGAAGGCCAGCGGUGCCUGGGGGCCAGCGGCCCCUUUCCCUGCCAGCCGGGGAGGCAGAACACAGCCCAGGAGGAGGCCGGACCGAAUCCCCAGCCCCAACCGAAACCAAGCCUCCCCGAGUGGCAAGAGGGGUGGGUCCGGGCGCCGCCCCCCUCUGGGUCCCAGGACCCGACCUGGCAGAGCAAUCUGGAGUACCUCGGUGGUCCUGUGCGUGACUCGGUCAACUCCUCCUUCCUCCUACCCUUCCCGCUGGUGUCUGGGCUCCCCCAGAACCAUCACAGUGGCUUUGUCAUGUCCCACUUCCCGGCGGCGGCAAACUGGUUCAUCCGUUGCCCGCAGUUUCCACUCUACGACCUCGACGUUUUCUGCCCCUGCACCUUUCACGCCCCGUGCCCCCUCCCGAAAUGCCUGUUGGGUGGGGAAAUGUCGGCCCCGCCCCGGGCCUUCCCAAUGCCGUUCGUCAAGAAUCGGCCCCCGCGUGAUCACAGAGGGCCCGACUGCAAGCUUGACGCCCACCUGGAGGCAUGCUCGGAGCAGCAGCGAGCCCUGGAGCGGGAACGGAGAAAGGCGGAAGCGGCGCUUGCUAGGACCUUUCCGGGGAAGAGAGCGUCCGGCUCCGACAGCGCUCCGGGCGUCCAGCUUCCCGGCAACCCGUCGCACGUGGACCGCCUGAUCGCCGACCAGCUCACGGAGCGAGCCAGGGUUCUUUCUUUGGUUGGGGAGAUGGAAGGGCUCCGGGGCAGCCCCGUCCACGGCAACAUCACACGGACGCUGGACCGCCACUUGGAGGCCAUCCGGCUCGCCCAGGCCAGGCACGGCACGGAAGCCGACCACCCCGCUGGACCCGCUAGCCACACCGCCUGGGCCCCGAGGCCGGGCAGUUCGCGGUCCAGGGACCUCAGAGGUGACCUGACCCUGGCGGGGGCCGUAAAAAAACUGGCCACGUCCACCCGCCAGGCCCGCACCGCGCUCUGGUGUGCCCUGCAGAUGACUCUUGCAGAGUCCCCCUCCGACAUCCCCGUGAACCCGGAGGAGAUGGAGAGGGCGCUGCAGGGACUUGGACCCUGAGAUUUCUGGGGUCCGGAGAGCCGCCGCCCCAGACUCCGCGAGGAACUGUCUGACACAAACCGGGAGGAAGGGGAGAAGGACCUCCAGCCACCCCCGCGGAGCCCAUUUCUUCCCCUAGUGUGUGAGUUCCCCGAGCAGGUGGCCGGCUUCCUCCCUCGUGGGUGGCCGGGCUCUCGCACGGAGCUGGUGACCAGGUUCCCCCUGAGUGGGCGGCCUGAUUCUCCUCCAAGUGGGCGGCCGGGUUUCCACCAAGCUGUUGGCCCGGUUCCCUCAGAAUGGGCGGUCCUUGCUCCCUCUGAGCGGGUGGCCCGAUUUCUCUCUUCCCCCCACUCGCUGCCCUGAGCAGGCGGCUGGGCUCUCCCCCACCCCCCGAGGGGGCGGCCGGACUCCACCUGAGCAGGCCAGCUGGGCACCCCCUGAAAGGAUGCCCAGUUCCCCUAGAAGGGGCAGUCUGGGUCCCCUCUGAGUGGGUGGCCCAAUUCCCUCCUAAGUAGGCAGCCGGGCUCCCUCCCAAGCAGAAGGCCAGGGCGGCCUGGAUCCCCCUGAGCGGGCGGCCGGGCUCCCUCCUGAGCAGAAGGCCAGGGCCGCCGGGCUCCCCCCCUGAGCGGGCGGCCUGGAUCCCCCUGAGCGGGCAGCCGGGCUCCCUCCUGAGCGGGUGGCCGCGAUCCCCCUGAAUGGGAGGCCGGGCUCCCCUGGAACAGUUGGCCUGGUUUCUGACCAUGUGGCCUGGCUGCCCCCCGGAAUGAGCAACUGAGCUCCCCCCGAGCAGACAAUUGGACUUCCACUGUGAGCGGACGGCCGGGGUCCCCCACCUUGGGUUGUCAGGUGCCCCCCCGGGUAGGCAGCCUGGCUCCCGCCAAGUGGGCAGUUGGGCUCCUCCUGAGCGGGCGGCCGGGCUCCCUGUGAGCACCGGAGGAACUGGCGGCUGCAGUCUCAUGCUGGGGUUUCAAGCGUCUGCCCAUUGCCUCGUGCUCCGCUGAAGUGCACAGCAGACAGGCGGCGGUCGCCUGCCAGGGUCGGAGACUCGUGCCAGGGUCGGGGUCUCCCGCUAGCGUUGCGUACUCCUGCCAAGGUUGGGGAUUCAUGUCUGGGUCUUCUGUCGCACUGCGGAAAAGCCACGGGAGACCCGGUAUCCCAGCGAGGGCCACACGAGGUAGUUGGGGGAUAUUUCCGCGAGAUGUUCUCAUAAAAUGGGGCUCGCGGGCAAAAGCACCCCACUCUGCCUCUGGGCAGACUCUAACGGGCAGACGCUCUCGAGCACCAGGGCCAUCCUGGUCUGUUUGGGGUCUCGUCCAGACCGGCCUCCAGGUUGGGCGUUGCCCUAGGGAUUAUCCCCCCGGGUGCUCCGGAAGGGCGACUCACGGGAGAUUCUUCCGAAUUUCAGUAGGAAUCGUAGUAGGCAAGAGAAUAUAGGCAAGUGGGCGUGAACCAUCCCUCAGGAGGAGAAAUUCAAUUUACAGGGGGAUCACGUUUAACUUGGUGGGGUCAAAACCGGUCAUGUUUUACUGGGUGGGUGGGCACUCAGCCCCAAUUAGGGGUUAUUUAUAUGGAAUUUAUAGUAUCUCAGUUUCCAGAAGCAUUCAUAUUGUGACAGUUGAA